GAUCAUCCAAGAUCCAUUCUACAUCUCUUAUCUAAUCUACUUUGCUUUUUUCUUUUCUGUUUCCACCAUUGUCCACAACUGUCCAUGGAAGCUUUCCAGUUGUUGUCCAGAGGCGGCGCGAGGUUCAACAAAAAGCGUUUUCAGAACGACGUUCAAAGAUUCAACUCCAAGACAACAUCCGAUUCUUCAACAAAAGAAGGAGACUUGCCACUUCCCACCGAGCUUGAUUUCUUCAAGUAUGCGCAGGGAGGAACUGGAAAACGCAAGGCCAGCGUUCUAUCUGAUGGGAAGCAAACCAAAAAACAGAAAGUUGAAGAUACUAACGAGGAAGAUAAUGCCGACGACGAGGAGCCUACACGACCAAGCAAUGUCCAGAAAAUACCAAUGCGUCGACACCGUGUUACAAGCAAAGGCGAAAAUGUACCGGAACCCGCCAACAGCUUUGAACACCUGGCAGAACGCUACAAUAUAUCAUCCCUUCUCAAGGCCAAUCUGUCAAAAAGUGGUUUUAUGGAGCCCACUAGUAUCCAGUCUCACGGAAUACCAAUACUAUUCGAAUCUCGAGAUCUUGCUGCUAUUUCGCCUACCGGAACCGGAAAAACAUUAUCAUACCUCCUCCCUGUGGUAUCCUCUCUUGGUGCGCCAAUAUCUGCCACGGAAAAUGGAAAAAACUGCUUCGGAGUUAGAGCUGUGAUCCUUGCCCCAACGAAAGAAUUAGCCCAUCAGAUUCAUAACGAAUGCCUAAAAUUAUGCCAUGGGCGCAAAUGGCGAGUUAUCUUGUUCAGCAAGGCGACGGCCAACACGCUAUCCGACAAGCCGGCCAGGGACAAAGUCGACAUCAUCAUCAGCACGCCAUUGCGAUUAGUGUCCUCCCUACAAUCUGGAAGCAUGGAGCUAAACAAUGUUCGUUACCUUAUCCUCGACGAAGCCGAUCGAAUGUUAGAUGCAGAGUUUCUGCCCCAAAUUCAAGAAAUCGUUGCUGCUUGCACUUACUCAAACUUGCAGAAAGCUGUCUUUAGCGCUACACUUCCUUCCGGAGCUGAAAAAACCGCCAUGGAAAUGCUUCACAACCCUGUUAGGAUUGUCGUGGGUCUCAAAGACACACCACUUCCUCUUAUUGCACAAUCUCUUACAUAUGUUGCUGAUGAUCCCUCCAAGCUACCUAGUCUUCUAACAUACCUUGCUCAACCAUACAACCCUCCAGUUUUAAUCUUUACGUCGACACAGCCUCGGGCGACUUCACUUGCAGAAGAACUAGUCCUCAAUAGUGUACCAAACGUCGACUGUCUUCAUGCUGGAAUGACUGACAAGGAGCGUGAGGAUGUCAUUACCCGUAUGCGGCAAGGUCAAAGCUGGGUGAUGGUGUCGACCGAGGUUAUGGCGCGCGGAAUGGACUUUAAAGGGGUUCGUGAAGUGAUCAACUACGAUUUCCCUACCAGUGUACAGAGUUAUAUACAUCGGAUAGGUCGAACCGGACGAGCUGGUAGGGAAGGGAAGGCUGUGACCUUUUUCACUGACGAGGACGCACCGUAUCUAAGAUCUAUCGCAAAUGUCUUAUUGCAAUCCGGUUCUCCAGUUCCAGAGUGGAUAACAAAACUACCCAAACCAUCCAAGCUCAAGCGAAGGCAAAUGGGGAAAGUAGCACGCGCUGAAGUAGUCAACACUGCUCGUAGGAUAGGUCGCCAAGCCGCAAUCAAGAAAAGGGAUAUGAUUGCCGGAUCUAAGAGACGGAAAGCGAAGGUCGAGGCGGAGGCAGGAAGCAAAGGUUCUAAGGUGGGGCCAGAAGAUACUUCGGAUGAAUAAUUCACGUUGAUUGGCGAUGAGAAUACGGUCCUAUUAUUUUCCAUCACACUUUUGUUUAUAUUGGCAGUGAAGGAUCAGAGUAUUAUCCUAGCAGCGAAUAAUGCUUCAAUAAUGCUCCGAGAGCAGUCAAAACAGGAAGGUUCUUCUAUGCCAGAGUAGCUGUGCGAAAAAGCUUCGUACCCAUCUUCCCAAGCUUAGCGAACACACAU